CUAUCGUGUUCUAAUGAUGUGACGGUGGGAGGAAGGAGGGGCUGGGAGGCUGGCGAACACACACACACACACACACACACAGAAGGCAGCCGCUACAGGGAAGAUGGAGGACGGUGUGGCAGCGGCGAAGCGGACCUCCAGCCUGCAGCAACAUCACUGCUAAAAACAGAUUACUUUACGUGAUUCUGUGCCAGUUGUACUGGUUCGGAGCUCUUGUGCAGCUGGAAGUGGCUUGUGCAACCAAUUGGUUGCCCUGCUGUAUCAGACAGCCCACCACUCAGAGUAUGUGAUGUCUGUAGUACUCCCUGUCCUUUCAUGCACUGAAAUGGAACAAAGAUGGCAUAAACCUCAAACACUGGGAGUGAAGCCUGGACCUGUGGAUGCCAUGGUGGUAAUGAAACCAAAAGCAGGUGCUACCUCAUCAAGUGGAAUUAGGUUGCCCUCACUUGUUUGAGGAGUCUACUCUACAUGUCUGACCAUUUCAAACAGGCUCCAGCCCGAACCAGUGGUGGGGGCUACUGAAUGACUGAUGGAUUUGAGUGGGGGGAAAAAACACAGAAUCUAUAUCUAUUGCUGUCAAUUUGCACCUGGUAACAGAAGUCUCUUCCCAGAAGCUUUUGCCCUGACCUCAUAGAGGUGCCUGCUGAUGACGGACUCCUAAAUAAUUUUCUCUGACACCGUUGAACCAACCAGAACCAGACAGCCAUGAACCCCCAGGAGACGGAACUUGGCCAGGAGGUGAUGGAGGAGACUGAUGCCCCUCCUCGUCAUCGCCACAAUAAUCACAAUAGCUGGUCCCAUAACCACAGCAACCAGGAAAAGCGCUACAGACGCUGUGAAGCCCCGGCUGGAGGAAGUGCUGGCGGCAGAGCCAAGGCACCACAGCAGCGCAGGCCACAGGAGGAACAAGACAUGGAGCUGCAACAUGGAGCUCAGUCUCCACAGCCCCUGCAGCCCCAGCCCAUUCCCCGACCUGCAGUGACACGUUAUCGCAGACAGGGGGACAGCGAGGCCCGGAUCAGGGCCCAGCAGCAGAGACACAGACAGAGGCAGCAGAGAGAGGCAGAGAGAGCACAACAUUUAGCACAACAACAAGAGAAGCAGCAACAAGUAGAGAUGACCCAGGAAGAUGAACGAGAAAGGAAUGAUUCAGUGCUGGCCCGCUCAGCAAGCACAGAGAGUGGCUUCCACACCCAUACUGACCGGGCUGAGGGGGAUGAUGACCUGGUGAUGAUGCCUGUGGAGCCUGAAGGACAGCCAGAGACAGAGGAUGAGGCAGGGAACUACGGAGUCCAGCUACGGCCGGAGGCGGAGGGGUACACUGAGAGUGCUGAGGCUGAACAGCAAAAUCCCCAUCCACAUCCUAACUAUCCUCCUCAGCCCCCGCCCCUGCCACGUGACCCCCUACCUGAUAUCCAAAACCCCCAGAGACAGGAUGAAGCAGAGGAGAUGCAGAACACUGGAUACUCCAACUACGUCUACACUCAGUCCCUCAGCCACUCUGGGGGAAGGGCCGACAUCUCAGCCAGUCAGAGCUUGGAGAGUUUAGAUGCUGGACUUGCCGACGAAGCCUAUUCUGAGCCAUAUGACAUUUACUCACUCUCUGAGCAUGUUUACGAAGAAAUCUGCAAUGCUCCGACAUCAGUUUCAUAUGCUGCAGACGGGGCUGAGGACACAGAGUCUCUCCAACAGAGGAGGGCCGGCUUUCAGCUGUUGGAGGGCCGGGCGGGAGGUGGAGACUACCAUCAGCAGGAGGCCGUGGGCUCCCGCCUGCGCCACUACGAUGAACGCUCAGAUGGCGAGUCGGACAGCCCAGAGAAGGAGGCGGAGUUUGCCCCGUACCCACGGGCCGACAGCUGUGACCAGGAGGAGGACAUCAACAGCGUCGUGGUUGAGGUCAAAGAAUGCCUAAGCUCUCAGAGUCCUCAUCAUUCUGCAGAAGACACCUUAGAUGAAGAAAAUGAGCUACCGCAGGGAGAAGAAAAAUCCCAACCUGAGUCCCAAACCGACUCUGACAAAAAACACAAACCUGCCAACCAAGGGAAGCCAGCCAGAAAACAGGCUGUGAGUCUGUCAGAGGAGCCUGUAGCAGUGAGGAACAGUCAGGAGAAGAGGGAUGCCAUAUCCUUGGCCAUCAAGGACAUCAAGGAGGCCAUAGAGGAGGUGAAGACCAGAACAGUAAGAUCUCCUUACACACCAGAUGAGCCCAAGGAGCCCAUUUGGGUAAUGAGGCAGGACCUCAGCCCCACUGCAGAGUGCGACCUACAGCCAUCACUGGGGGGUGACUCUCCUGGUUCAGGCUCUCCCUCUCCUCCAGGAGCAGAGUCAUCCAGCAGACAUCUGCUGCAGGAUGACAGCUUUGAAUCUUCUCCCUCCAGUAAAGAGUCCAGGAGAAGCCUUGCGUCCUUCCCCACGUAUGUAGAAGUCCCAGGACCAUGUGACCCAGAGGACCUGAUCGAUGGGAUCAUAUUCGCAGCCAACUACCUGGGCUCCACCCAGCUGCUGUCGGAUAAGACACCGUCUAAAAACAUCCGCAUGAUGCAGGCACAGGAGGCCGUCAGCCGCAUCAAGACGGCCCAGAAAUUAGCCCAGAACAGGAAGAAGGCCCCUGAGGGUGAGCCUCAGCCCAUGACAGAGGUGGAUCUCUUCAUCUCCACCCAGAGAAUCAAAGUGCUCAACGCUGACUCCCAGGAGACCAUGAUGGACCACCCUUUGCGCACCAUUUCCUACAUUGCUGACAUUGGCAACAUUGUGGUUCUGAUGGCCCGGCGCAGGAUGCCUCGACCCGACUCUCAAGAGAAUGCAGAGGCCUCAGACCCAGCUCAAGACAGCAAGCGCCAGUACAAGAUGAUAUGCCACGUGUUUGAGUCUGAGGAUGCCCAGUUGAUUGCCCAGUCCAUCGGGCAGGCCUUCAGUGUGGCUUACCAGGAAUUCUUACGGGCCAAUGGCAUUAACCCUGAGGACCUGAGCCAGAAGGAGUACAGUGACCUGCUCAACACUCAGGACAUGUACAACGAUGACCUCAUCCACUUCUCCAAGUCUGAGAACUGCAAAGAUGUGCUCAUAGAGAAAUCUAAAGGAGAGAUUAUGGGUGUGGUCAUUGUGGAGAGUGGGUGGGGCUCCAUCCUGCCCACUGUCAUCAUUGCCAACAUGAUGCAUGCUGGGCCGGCUGAGAGGUCUGGCAGACUGAACAUUGGAGACCAGAUCAUGUCCAUUAAUGGGACCAGUCUGGUGGGACUGCCACUGUCCACCUGCCAGAGUAUCAUCAAGGGUCUGAAGAACCAGUCUCGGAUCAAGCUGAACAUUGUCAGAUGUCCCCCAGUGACCACUGUACUCAUCAGACGGCCAGACCUCCGCUACCAGCUGGGCUUCAGCGUCCAGAAUGGCAUUAUCUGUAGCCUUAUGCGCGGGGGCAUUGCUGAACGGGGCGGGGUCAGAGUGGGUCACCGUAUCAUCGAGAUCAACAGCCAGAGCGUGGUGGCCACGCCUCAUGAAAAAAUUGUCCACAUCCUAUCCAACGCUGUGGGAGAGAUCCACAUGAAGACAAUGCCUGCAGCCAUGUACCGCCUGCUGACCGCCCAGGAGCAACCUGUUUACAUUUAACAAGAUGAAGCCCUGACCUCACACACCCUUUAAACCUCCUGCAAUCAACUGUCACUGCCCAAGCCGACCCCCUCUGCUCAGCCCAGUGCUCAUCCUGCACCCUUCUAUCCACAGCUGAUGGACUAUAGUGAGUUGUUUGUAGGAUUGUUCUGUUGCUCCGCCUUGUCUUUAAGUGACAACAACAUAGAAACCCAAAUUAUCCAUCUGCAUUCACUAAAAGAUUUGUUUGUGUACUCUGGCUAAAGGUACAAUUAGUAACAGGAUGUUUACACCUGAUGCAUUUUCAGCACCUAGUAGAGCCCCAGAAUGCUAAAGUUUUCUUCCUAUUUCAGUUGAUGUUUUCAAACUCAACACAUUAGCACUAUAACAAUUCCUAAGUGUAUCUUUAAUGUUCAGUUUAGGCAACUAAGACAGUUUGGUGACAAUUUUGGUCAUUGUUACAUAAGAAAUAUGAGAACUCAAACAGAAACCUUAUUUUCAUGAGCUGGUAACUGAACCCUGAUUGUGGAUUUGAAGGCAAUCUGCAUAUCCAACCAUGACCUUCACAACCCUGACUGUGCUUUCUGCCAUGCUGCUAUUUCACUGGCAGAUCACUGCCUGCCUGUAGUUAUAUUUCAUCCACUAAAUAAUUUUAUUUUGCAUUUAGACGCUCAUGUUGUAGCUACAUUUCAUGGGACCAAGCUUGCUUUUGCGCUCAGCUCUCCCUCCUGCUUCUGUAAUCUGCUCAAUAUGCUGUAUGUUGGUGUUCUUUGCACAACACAGAGCUCUCCACACAGGGAGUAUGUGAAUCUUAGCUGACAAAUGAGUGUGUGAACACACACUCCACCUAGUCACAUUCCAUGCAUUUGCAGCAUUGUUGAAGAGUCAACAGUGCAGCUCCAUUUUGCACUUCCAACAGAAAAGCUUUCCAACUCUGCUGUGGUUAAUUGUCACAGUAGUUGUUGUGUUUCCAUUUCAUUUGUUUAAUUUUUGUAUCCUCUGUACAUAGCACCAGCAGUAGCUCCAGUUAGCAUGUAAUAACCCCCAUUAAACUAAUACCCCUCUUACAACACAGAGCAGUGUCCAACCCCUCUGUCCAAACAGAGAUGACUCACAUUAGACCCUGUUGCAACAAACCUGAUGACCUACAAUGUCCCUAUGUCAAGGUGUUUGCACAAGACGCAGGAAUGGAAUUUUGUAUUGUAUUUGUAUUGUAUUACAAACAGUACCGGGAAACCAAGGCUUUUUAAAAUUUGGCUUCUAUAGAAAUAUAUUCUAUUCAAUGCUGGUUGGAUAAUGUAACCCAAAAUAAUGUGGAAUGAGCUCGGGACUACAUCAUGCUACCGUAUGUGGAUGUACAAAGCACCAUACUGCAUGGUGUACAAUUGCAUGGUCGGUUUUCUUAAUACAGGGUUUGAGGGUGUCUGCACUGCCUAAAGGGUGUACACUAAACACUGCUUGUAGCAAAUAUAAUAACACUCAAACAUACGAGCUACUUUAAAUUCUCAAGUGAUAUCUGGAGGCAUGUGUGGCACGAACAAAUAAAAAAUACAUUUCCACAGCACUAAUUCCAUCAGUACAACAGUCAUACUCACCACUCCGCUGCUCUCACUUGGAAUACAAAUACUGUUCUUAUUCAUUAAAUAAUAGUAAUAAAAAUAGUUGCUUCUAACAAUUGUUUGAUCUGUGUUACUGUCAAUGACACCUGACAGUAGCAUUUCCUGCAGAUGUUUCACAUUAAAAGGCUACAUGGGAAGGGAGGGAUUAUGCCCUUUGAGCCACUGGAAGGCUUUUAAUGUAACACUGGUUAUUGUUAAGUGUAAUUGACAAGCAGCAAAGUAGAACUGGCGAAGUGUGAGUGAAAGCAGUGAGAGCAGCAGAGUGGUGAGUGUGACAUGACUGUUGGUGUACUGAUGAAUCAGUGCUGUGGAAAUGGACAUUAUACUGAAUUUAUCAAGACAACAGGUGAACAUGGAGGAAGUGGUGAAUUUGUAUUAACAGCAAAUUAAAAGAGGAGCUGACCAGAAAAUAAAAACAAAUAUGAUCAAAUAUUCUUAAAACAGGGGAAAUAGUGAAUAAAGUCCUGUCUCUAAUAUGAACCUCUUUCUAGUAAAGGCCUGAUUCUCUCUGCAUUUGAGGUAAAUAAUGGCACUAUUUAAGAAUUUCCAGUAACCAACAAACAACACUUAAGCCCAGGUGCAGCCUUUAACAAACUAUAAGAAUCAGUGUAAUUAUUCUGUUAAUACAUUUUCCAUUAAGUAAGUAAAUGCCAGAGAGACAUUUACAGUGAUCACCAAAGACCUCUUCCAUACACCUUUUUACAUGUAGCAUCAAUUAAUAAGCACAUUUGUGAAUGGGUGACAGUUGUUUUUCGAAUUUUAUUAUGAGUUUAAUGUGACAUUUUUGGAAUUUUUAAUGUUCUCAUAAAUGUAAUAAAUUAUAACAAUUCAGUCAUUAGUGGGAAGAAAGAGUAGGAAGCAGUGACAUUUUACAUGAAUGGGAAAUAUAUUAUCAUGAUUAUUACACUAGUUUGACUUAUGAAGGUGAUAGCUGUAACACAGCAUAUAAUACAGUUCAGUUUAGUUUUCCCUCAGCGGAAAUACAAUAUGUGUUGUAUUCUGACAAAGCUAUAGUUUCUCUACAGUUACUCAAGUGUAGUCAGUCAGAGGGAAUACAUGCCACUGACUGCAUGUACUUAUUCCAAGGCCACGCUGUCACAUAGAUCAGUCUGAAGGACCUUCAGUAAGAGAGAAAAGGGCUGCAGCUCAGCAAAUGCUCACUUUUCUGUUCCUGCAGUGCAAACUGUUCAGGGGUGCAAUGGGUUUUUGUGUUUAUUUUGUUUAAAAAACAACAACCCUGAAACAUGAUUCUUUUAGUCAGAUUUUUUUUCAUAUUUUAAUGUUUUGGGAUGAUUUGAUAAUAUUGUGUAUUUAUACACAAUUUGUUUUUCAAAUUGAAUGGUGCUUAUAGUAAGACUAAAAGGACAAUGUGGCUGUACCAUUCUUCUUUUGUGAUUGGGUUAGAUAAUCCAUCACAGUGGAGCACUGAUUUCCAGUCUCUACAAGCUCAUUUUCAGACUGUUGGGAAAUCAAUGGGAAUCUGUGGCUGCCUCUAAAAACUAAAAUCUAAAAACGAAAGUUCUGCUGUGGAAAAUGGUCGACAGGCGUGUGGAGAAAAGGUAAUGGGCUAAAACAUGUGAAAACACUGGCACAGACUUUUCAAAAUGCUGUGGUUAUUCUUGAUUAUCUACUGUUUUGAAUUGAAGGUACUUUGAAUAGACGUGUUUUAGUAAAAGUGCUGAGAUCACAUGAGACAAACAUGAACUCAAACACAGAAGCAAAGUAAGGAGGUUUUUCCUGCCUGCCUCCUUGUGAAGAUAUGGGUAAAACAUGUUAAAGCUGUUAAAGUGAAUGUUUUUAAUGUGCACAGCUAAUGUUACAACUAAAACACAUCGGCACCUUUUAAACCAGUUUACUUUUACUGGAGGAGGUUCUCUACAUCAUUUCCAUGUACCAGUAGGACAAUUAUAAACCUUAUAAAUACAGUAAAUCUCAGUCUGUGGUCCAGUUGUCCCUACUGGGCAAGGUGGAACACUUACGUACAGUAGAUUCAAACAACCUUUAAUUAAAGGUUAUUAAAUCUUGCAUUUUAUCCCACUUAAUUAACAGGUUGACUGUCAUUGGCUAAGAGGGCAGUGGUCAGAUUAAAAAUGUUUUUUUAUCUUAGUGGUUCAUAUGUUAUUGCAGUCACAAAAAAUGUCUCUGAGCCAUUGUGCUUCAUGUAAAACUUAAAACUUAUUAAGGCUCAAAUUAUUCAUUUAAAGUUUUUGAGUUUUUUCCUCAACAGAGCUGUUGUUGAUGACUGAAGUUGAAAUUAUGUUUGCUACUAUGAUUGACUAUGAUGACAAAUAAUGUUAGAGUUCACAAAAAAGCUUUUAUUUUAUGGAGCUAUUACAGAUGGUGGAUGCAUCUUCUUCCUAGUAAAACUAAAUAAGAAUUGCUUUACACAUGACUUAUGGUGUGCGCAUCUGUAAUGCUUACUGGUUUUCUUUUUAAAAGCCACUAAAUUUGGACUUUGUUUCUGGAUUUUUGUGAAUCAGUUUUUUUCUCCAGUUUACUAAAGCAUUUGAACCCAACACCAACUCCUCUGCUCCCCUCCUGUAUGUCUGGGAAUGUAUCUGCCUACAUCACCCCAACCUUUUUGAUUUAACAGCUUUUAUUUUUCUGUUUGAGUAGAACCUUCUGAGUUUAAGGCUAAACGGUAACAUGUAUCCCACUGUAUACCCCAACUUUAAAACCCACUGCUUAUUCCAAAUGUCUGUCCUCAUCGAUGAAGCUCAUAUUGGCCUUAAUACUACUACAGGACUUUGUAUGAUGUUCAAACUGAUACUGAAGAGGAAUAGGGGCAAUGGUAGCCAUUUUUUGACUUUUAACAUGGGCUUUCACUGGAGCCACGUGAUAACACUGUACCGUUCUUACUUCUAGUGUGUGUGUGUGUGCGUGUGUGUGUGUGUGUGUGUGUGUGUGUAGUGUGUGAUUACAACCAAUAUACUCCAUGUUCAAACAAAAACCAGCUGGAUAUAUAAAAUACACAUAUAGAUGAAAUAUAUAGAAAACUAUGUAAAGGUAUAUACUUCUAAUGGUUUUGUGUGUUUGGGUUGGCCUAAGCAAGCUUCAGUCAAUAGAACUCAAUGUGAAGGGUGUUUUAAGGUGGGUGGAAUGUAGGAAACUGAUUGUGUGAAAUGACAUUCAUGUACAUAUAUACAGCUAGAGCACAAGAUAAGGUGUGUGUGAUAUUUUCCCUCCAUGGUCUGUAAGGGAUUGUAGACUAGCGGGACACAAUGAAGCUAACCAAGGAAACAAGCACUUGAAGCUGGUGGCAGGCAAGUAUUUAUAAGUGCACUCAAUUUGAAUGUAACUAAAACGUUAACUCUCAAUGUGUCUAAAGAUAAAAAAAAAAACAUACAAGAAAUAUACCAUUUCUGUAAAGCAGCAACAAUGUUUAUUUAUUUGCUAGUUUUUUUCCGUGAUGUUCUAGCUAUUGGAGCUACGUUCCUGUACCAGAGCCAGAAUGUUUGUAACAGUAUUUACAACAAUAAAUGACUUGCAGAAGGA